AUGCUUUCACUCACCGCAACACGGCGACCUGGAAUGAUGCUUCUGCGCAUCGUACUGCUGCACUCAAUUCUGCUGCUGCUAAUCGCGACACACUCGUUUGCAGCAUCCUCGCACAAAAGAGGCGUCGAUCAAGCCUCGGUAGCGCACCUCCCCUACCAAUACUUCCUCUCGGACGGUGUCGGUGGCAGCAAAGCCGUAUGCUGGCUAUCGCGGAUACCGUUCCCGGUCAUUGAGGGCGUCACGUGUCACUUUGCGGAUACCAUCUCUCAGGUCAAGGGUAGGCAGAUCUGGCAAUGUGAAGGAGAUCAAGCCAAAUUCUGCGAUGGAUGUCAUGAAUUGGAGAAGCACUUGGUAGAUCCGAAGGAUUCGGUUCAGUGGAAGUUGCAGGGGUGUUAA